UAGAUUGUGGAAAAAGAAAAACAAUACAGAAAAGUAGAAAAGUGAUGCUUUUAUUUACUGUUACUUUUCAUUUUUCAACGUCGCGCCGAUUAUUUUUAAAUUUGAGAACAUUGUUUACAAUCUUUGAGAGAGUUAUUUUAUUCAAUAUUAAGCGAACAGCAGCCUAUAUCCAGUAUUAUAUGAAGCCAAAGACUGAUUUCGAACGGAUAAGGCUUUUAAGAGGUCAGAACAAACUUAUUCUGACUACGUAGCAGACAGAGACAAACCCUUCUAGUAGCAGAUUAGGAUAGUUAACAUUGUUUUAGAAUCAAAGAUGGAUUUACUGGUUGAAGUUAAAUCCGAAAAAUUAGAUACAGAACCAACUGUGCCCAGCGCCAAGUGUGAAAAUAUAGAGACUUUUGUUCUGAAUGGAGAAUUAGACAUUAAAUCUGAAUAUAUUGAGGAUACAAUAUCUGAUUUAACAUGGGAUAGAAUCAAAGUUGAAGAGAAAUUAGAGCGUGGAAUUGAAGCUGACUCGACGGCUGAUAAUGUUGACCAGAUGGAGUUCCAAGAGUCAGUAAAGCUUGAAGAAAAACCACCUAUGAGCAGCACAAGUUCUGAAGAUAUGAACGCAUUAGUGCUACAUGAAGAAAUUGACAUCAAAACUGAGAGUGACGAAAUCGAUGAUUUGACGCACGAUAGUGCACAAAUAAAGAAAAAUUGGGAAAGGAAACACAGAUGCUCACAGAUGGAAGAAGAAAAAAAAUUGUUUAGCCGCUAUGUUUGUAACUAUACCGAUCGGUCUGAAAUGGGUUUUAAAUGUAACAUGGCGUUCAAACACAAAGCGUCGCUAGAUGAUCAUAUCGUUAGAAAGCAUGCCGAAUAUAUCGGUUCAGUUUCAUCUAAAAUACAUGAAUGCACAUUUUGUGAUUUCAAAACCGUUCAUAAAAAUAAUUUAACCGAGCACAUGUCUAAACACACUAAUGCAAAUGCUUCUAACCUGCACAUAUGCGAACAUUGUAACACGUCCUUUAAAAGAAAGGAAUCGCUCUUUGACCAUAUUCUAAAGAAACAUCCUGACUUUAUCGAGGCAGUUUCUAAUAAGAUAUAUGAAUGUGUACAUGGUGAUUUCAAAACAACCAAAAGGGCCUCUUUUAAAACGCACAUGGCAAAACAUGAUACUCAAAGACCCUUCGAGUGUAUAAACUGUGAUGCGUCAUACAAAGCUAAGCAAACUUUAUAUCAUCACAUUGUACAGAAGCAUCCCGAGUUAACUGAUUCUGUGUCUUGCAAGAUAUACGAAUGUAUACAGUGUGAAUAUAAAACUACAUACGCGUCGGAAUUAGCUGAGCAUGACAUGCAACAUACUGGAGUUAAGCUUCCAUGUAUACAGUGUAAUGAGUUAUUUCCAAGCAAACGAUCGUUAGACAACCACGUUUCACGAAAGCAUCAUGUGUCUUAUAAUAUACAUCAGUGUACGCAUUGUGAAUAUAAAACUACACACCCGAGGAAUUUAACCAAUCAUAUGAUGAAACAUACUGGAGCUAAGCUCACGUGUACAAAGUGUGAUGCGUCAUUUAGAAACAAACAAUUGUUAGACGACCACAUUUUACAGAAACAUCCCGAGUUUACUGCUUCAGUAUCUCAUAAGAUACAUAAAUGUACACAUUGUCAAUAUAAAACUACAUACACAGGGCUUUUAGAUAGGCAUAUGCUGAAACAUACUAAGCUUAGGUGUAAAAAUUGUGAUAAGUCAUUCACAAGUCAACGAUCUUUAGACAACCACAUUUUACAGAAACAUCCUGAGUUUACUGCUUCAGUAUCUCACAAGAUACACGAAUGUACACAUUGUCAAUAUAAAACCAGAUACAGAAGGCUUUUAGAUAGGCAUAUGAUGAAACACACUGGAGCUAAGCUUACCUGUUCAAAGUGCGAUGCGUCAUUUACAAGUAAACUUUCCUUAGACAAUCACAUUUUACAGAAACAUCCUGAGAUUACUACUUCAGUGUCUCGUAAGAUACAUAACUGUACACGUUGUGAAUAUAAAACUACAGUCAAGCAUUCUCUAGCUAAGCAUAUCAUGAAACAUACUGGAGAUAAACUCACCUGUACGAAGAGUGAUGCGUCGUUUACGAGUAAACUUUCGUUAGACAACCACACUUUACAGAAGCAUCCUGAGGUUACUGAUUCUCUGUCUCGUAGAGGCAUAAAUGUACACAUUGUCAGUAUAAAACUGCAUACAGAAGACUUUUGCCUAUACACAUGACGAAACAUACUGGAGCUAAGCUCAAAUGUACAAAGUGUGAUGCGUCAUUUACAACCAAACAAUCGUUAGCCAACCACAUUUUACAGAAACAUCCCGGGCUUCCUGCUUCAGUGUCUCAUAAGAUACAUAAAUGUACACAUUGUCAAUAUAAAACUAUAUACACGAGGUAUUUAGAUAGACAUGUGAUGAAACAUUCUGCUAAGCUCACGUGUACAAGGUGUGAUGCGACAUUUACAAGCAAACGAUGGUUUGACAAUCACAUUUUACAGAAACAUACCUGCUUAACAUUUGAGAAGAAACCGUGACGCUGACAGGGAACAGUAGAAACCUAGAAAUACCCCAGCCUUUCUGAAGGAGAGAAAAGACUAUGAAAAUCAAGGAGGUCAUAAAUAAUUGUAGGAAUGGCUGACGAUUCGGCACUUACAGAUUCGUGAUCCACACUUAUUCUAAAUGGGAAAAACGCUUAAAGCGAAUAUGUAUGUAAAUCUAUUUUUGCUAAUGUUUUAGUUGUUCUAGGAGGAUGAGAUCUCAAGUCAAAAUUAGCACAUUUUUUUCUGUACAUUAUGUUUUUCUGAAUAUUUCACAUGUUAUGU